AUUAAUGUCCGCAAACAAAGGUGAAUUCAGUCAUUCCUACGCCAUGUCUAGUCAAAGCCCCCUAUAACUUUGCGGAUCAUUGCCAUAACAUCCGAAAAAAAACCACUCUAAUGAGGCUCCCUCAAUGGCAGAAUCAGAUAAUCAAAAGCCUCACGCCAUCUUCAUCCCCUACCCUCUCCAAGGCCAUGUAAUUCCAUCAGUCGAGUUGGCCAUCAAGCUCGCAUCACGCGGCUUCAAGAUCACCUUCGUCAACACCCAAUCCAUCCACCACCAUACCUCGAAAGCGCAGCCGAAAACCGGAGCCGACCUCUUUGCCGCCGCACGUGAAGCCGGGCACGAUAUAGACUACACCACCGUCUCCGAUGGCCUCCCCGUUGAGUUUGACCGCUCCCUCAACCACGACCAGUUCAUGGCCUCUUUGUUGCACGUGUUUUCCGCGCACGUCGAUGAGGUGGUCGGGAAACUUGUCAAGUCCUCGGCGAGCACCGUACCUGUUACUUGUCUGAUUGCCGAUACUUUCUUCGUGUGGCCGGGCAAGGUUGCUAAGAAGUUUGAUCUUCUUUAUGUUUCGUUUUGGACGGAGCCUGCUUUGGUUUAUUCACUCUAUUAUCACGUUGAUCUUCUUCGAAGAAAUGGUCAUUUUGCAUGUCAUGAUGUGCGGGAGGACAACAUAGAUUACAUACCUGGAGUGAAAUCAAUUGAUCCCAGGGACAUGAUGUCCUAUCUUCAAGAAACUGAUAUAACAACUGUGUGCCACCAGAUCAUUCUGAAUGCCUUCAAGGACGUUAGAGGAGCACAUUAUGUCCUAUGCAACACAGUGCAGGAGAUCGAAUCCGAGACCAUCGCACCCCUCCAUGGCAAGAUCCCCUUCUAUGCAAUUGGUCCUAUUUUUCCCAACAGGUUCAACAAGAGCAUCGUUGCGACUAGUCUGUGGUCCGAGUCGGACUGCAGUCAGUGGCUGAACACCAAACCCAAUGGCUCAGUAUUGUAUGUCUCAUUUGGUAGCUAUGCACAUGUCUCCAAAUGUGACCUUACAGAGAUAGCUAAUGGACUUGAACUCAGCAAAGUGAACUUUGUUUGGGUACUCCGGCCGGAUAUUGUUAGCUCGGAGGACACAGAUCCGCUGCCCUCUGGCUUUAAAGAGCGGAUUAGUGACCGAGCUAUUAUUAUUCCUUGGUGCUGUCAGAAGUCGGUCUUGGCGCACCCGGCUAUAGGAGGGUUUUUGACCCAUUGUGGGUGGAAUUCUACAUUGGAAAGUAUUUGGUGUGGUGUACCAUUGUUGUGUUUCCCUUUACUUACUGAUCAAUUCACCAACAGAAAACUAAUAGUUGAUGAUUGGAAGGUUGGGAUUAAUUUAUGCGAUCGGAAAGUGGUCAGGAGAGAGGGUGUUUCAAAGAAAGUCAACCAUUUGAUGGAUGAGAAAUCAGGGGAUGAGUUCAGGAAAGCUGUUGCCAAGGUUAGGAAGACAUUGGAAGAUGCAUCGACACCCAAUGGAUCAUCUGAGAAAAAUAUGGACACUUUCAUUAAGGAUCUAAAGGCCAGGAUUCGGAAAUAAAAAGAUUUGAGUGAUAU